UAAUCCUGCGAAACUGGAUUAAUAUUUUAUUUCCCUGUUUUGUUUGAAUUUUUUUCCUGAUUUUGGGUGAAAUUUAAUACGUUUGUUCACUUCCUUGAGCUGAAGUGUACUCUGUGCAUGUGUGUUGAGUUUAUAAAGGUAAAGUUUUCAUAGAAUUAUAAUGAGUUGGUGAUGUUAAGUGUUCUUUGGUUGUGGAUUGUGAUAAUGCUUACUGUUCAGGGUUUUAUUGGCUGUUGACUAAGUAGGGGGUGGAGAUCAGGAAAAGGAUUUGAAUCUUUUUGUAGUUACAAUUUUAGGUUUUAUUUUGUAUCUUUUUUUCGUUGUAUUAGUGACUUUCAUAUGGAAUUAUGUGUUUUGGGUGGUUUUAAGGAUUGCUCUGAUCUGAAAAUUCUCGAAAACUUGUGUUGUUGAUGUAUCUGCUGUGAAUAGUUAAACUAUAUAGAUUUUGACUUAUUCUAUUCUUGUUACUUUACAUAGUUGCAAAGAGAUGGUUGGUUUCUUAUGUUAUUACUAGGGAAGCUAGCAUUUGAUGUUUUAAAAUUGUACCAGUAGUUUGUGAUUUACACUUUUGAUGUUGUGUAUGUUUACUGUGCUUGUGUAGAUAAUUUUCUAUAAUCAGUUGAAUGAUGUGGGUUUGGGGAGAAACGAUUGAUUUUUAAGAGAGCAACAUUUUGACAUUUAAAAGUAGUAGUGCUAGUAGUAAUUCUUAGUUACCCUUUUCCCGCGUGAUUGUUUGAAUGUGUCCUUCGUUAAUGUUUUCAGCCACUGAUUGAGGAUUACAAGGAAUCUGUCGAUGACGGAUUGCAGAAUCUAGCCUUUUACUGAUUCCAAGGAAUGUUUGAAUGUGUCCUUUGGUUUUCGCGGCUUCAUUUUGUACUGGAUGGCUGUUAGAAUCUUUAUGGAGAAUAUUGUUGGACACUGCUUCCUGGCUUGUUAUUAACACUUGUUAGUCGUGGGCUGGAUAUCCAUCAAAUUUUUGUCGUAUAUUGUUGGAGUGAAUUGAUUUCUUUAAUGUGUCUGCUGCCUUUUCUGUUGAGUUCUGUGUGAUGUUUUUUCAAUCACGGAUAGAGGUUAUACAAUAUUCAACUGUUACUUUUUUGAGUUAAAGAGGCCUACUUUUCAAGAAGUGAGCCUGGAUUGCUUGAUGAAACUGACUGCUUAUGUCUUGUCCACUUGUGGAAACCAAUGACAAUUCAUUGGAACAACAUCAAGAUUGUGAAAUUCAAUACUAGAUGUUGAAAGACCGACCUUUUUUCUGAAUUCUCCAUAAUUGGAUGUGAAACUAUAGUGAUCGUUAACAGGUCAAAUGCAUUGGAAAGUUUGCCUUGUUGAGAAGAAUUAGAGUGGAACCCUUAGGCAGAAAUAUGAUGAAUUCCUACCAUUUAUAGCGGAUGGCCAGAGAUGGUAAGGAAUCUAAUCUUAAAAUGUUAAGUGUCUCAGUUGAGUGGAGGCAGGGUUUUCACGGCCCUGCGUCUAGAAAUAUUUUGGGGGUAAGUUCUUUUUCAAGAGGACGUGGUGCCAAAUCGCAGACCGAGGUAGGCUUGUCCUUAUGUGGACAAUAACUUAUCUCUGCAAUCUCGCACUCCCCUACUUUUUUUUGACUUGUAGAAAGGAUUUGAUUUUUAAUGUAUUGCUUUGAACAUAGGUUGGAUGUCCAUCAUUGGUGUCCUGUUUAGAUGGAUUUGGACUUCUUCAAGUAUCAAGUGAUCAUGCAAUCGUUACUAUCUACUGCUGGAAGCUUUGCAGUUCCAUAAAGCUGCCUGAUAGUUAUUAUUUCAGAUUCUUGUAGAUCUACUUGUUUUGCUGAAUGGAGCUCUUCAACCUUACUUGGAAUUUGUUCUUGCUGAUUUCACAUGGUCUGCCACAAGGCAACAAUGUGCGACAAGGCAACAUUUGUCUUGUGGUGCCUCUAGAAGGGCAACUCUCAUGCCUUUAUAGGGUUUAGAAUUCUUCCUAAAUCUGUUCGUAAAUGCAGGUGAUUUAAGCUCAUUGCAAGCUGCUAAGUAGUUGUUAGUCCCAUUCAUUAGAGCAGAUGGCAGAGAUAGCUUUUGAUCAAUGUGGGGCUGUGCUGAUUGAGCCAAAAGACUCAAUAACAAUAACUGAAGAAAAAAGGACUGAGGCUAAUCAAGUUCACCCUAAGCAAUCCAAUGAUGGAUGCACUGCUAAUGAAGAAUUCACUUGUCAGGAUAUGAUAAGUGGUACUGACACCCUGGAUAAAGGCUACAUGGAGCAUGGGUGUUCACACUAUCGUCGAAGGUGUCGCAUUAGAGCCCCUUGCUGCAAUGAAAUAUUUGAUUGUCGUCAUUGUCAUAAUGAGGCAAAGAAUGAUCUCAAGGUUGACCAAAAGCUCAGGCAUGAUGUUCCUCGCCAUCAAAUUGAGAAGAUUAUAUGCUCACUUUGUGGAACUGAACAAGAGGUUCGUCAAGUUUGUAUAAAUUGUGGUGUGUGCAUGGCUAGAUAUUAUUGUGGAACUUGCAAGUUGUUUGAUGAUGAUACAUCAAAGAGGCAGUACCAUUGUGACGGUUGUGGCAUUUGCAGAAUUGGUGGACGGGAAAAUUUCUUCCAUUGUCAUAAAUGCCGAUGUUGCUACUCGACACUUCUGAAGAAUAGCCACCCGUGCAUAGAAGGAGCAAUGCACCAUGAUUGCCCUGUUUGCUUUGAGUAUCUCUUUGAGUCGAGAAAUGAUAUAACAGUUUUGCCUUGCGGGCACACAAUUCACAAGAACUGCUUGGAGGAAAUGCAGGAACACUUGCAGUAUGCUUGCCCACUGUGCUCGAAGUCAGUCUGUGAUAUGUCAAAAGUGUGGGAGAAAUUUGACCUGGAGAUUGCAGCAACCCCCAUGCCUGAACCUUACCAAAAUAUGAAGGUUUGGAUUCUGUGCAAUGAUUGUGGAACAAGUGCAGAAGUACAAUUUCACAUUGUAGCCCAGAAAUGCCCUAGUUGCAAGUCUUAUAACACUCGCCAAACCAGAGGAUAGGAGAAUUGGUUGUGUGGCUACUUUUGGCAGUGACAGACAAACCUCCACCUGUUUGUGAUUGCAAUUGCUUUGCUGUGAUGCAAAUGGUGUAUCUCAGGGUAACUGGAAGAUACGUCGAGACCUGUUGAAGAAUGAAGACCGCAUGCAACAGCGAAUUAUGCUUCGGCAAAUGGUGGUUGCCGAAGUGUAGAUAGGGCUCUGCCACUAUUUCAUAUCUAUCCCUUCUUUUUUUCCUUCCAUGGAUUUUUUGUAACUCGACUUUAUUUGGCUGCUUGUCUUGCCAGCAUGCUGCCUUAACAAAUUUCAUAUGCUUGUCAAAUGUUAUGCAUUUUUAGAGAAUGCAGUUUCAAAGUCUAUUGCUCCAAUUUCUGGUUC